UCGGCGUUCACAUUUUGACCAAUCAACUCCACAUGCGCCUCGUCGUCGCGGACGAGAUGCGCGACGAAGAUGGCUGGAUUUGAUGAACUCAUAGAGCGCCUGCUCUAUGAUGUCGCGCUGUCGGGCUCGCAAGGUUACGACGCUGUGCGCUUCGAGAAUGCCGUCCGUGCCUACUAUGCUGAGAAGAAUGGACUUCGCGAGGCCGACGAAGAGGAAGUGGAGCGGGAUUCACUAUUUGCAGAUGUGCCCCCUGUCAGCCAAAUCACAGUCGACGAAAAGCUUCUCUCUGCGGUGCUCGAGUGGUUGUGCCGACAUCCCGAUGUUGAAUUGCGACGUGUCAACCCAGCCGAUGAUCUCGACAUUGCCGGCCGAAACUCUCUUAAGGAGUCGGCGACGGCUGAGAUUGCACAGAAGCUCGCAGACAAGCGCAUAUUCACGACCGACGACCGAAUAUGGCAGGCGAUCGCUGGCCAUGGACCGGACUUCAGGCGCAUCCCGCCACUCGAGUUCGAGAUUCUGUCCAUUAUUGCUGCGCACAGCUCGACCGGAGUGCUGCAGCCUACUAUUACCAAAAUGACGGGGCAAGACAAGCGCUCGGUGCCAAAACGGACGGAUAAUCUUCAGGCUAAGGGCUACAUCACGAAGGAAACUGUUAUCGGCAGCACUGGCAAGACGAGUCUGCUGAAGCUCAUCCGCUUCUCAAAGACACAAAGUCUUGAAAAACCACCAGAAGAGUCCGCCAUCAACAAUCUCAAGCCCGUAAUUCACUACGACAAAAUGUACACCACAAUGAUGCGCAUGCUGAAAGAGAAUAACGGCAUCGUCACCAUGGCUGACCUCCGCUAUGGUCUUGGCUUUCAAAUGGCGCUUAGAUGGGAGACCAAAAUUCUGGCCCGAUGCGUUAGGCGUCUUGCAGAGGGCGGAUGCAUUCGUCGCGUAACUGCCAAGAUGGCCGACCGAGAGGGCGAAGUGAUUACCAGAGUGGGACAACCAGUCUGGCGCAAAGCAAAAGCCAUUCAACUUAUGCGGGAGCCAACAGAGUACGAUCGAUUGCUGUGGGAGCAGUCCGAUCCGAACAAAAAGAUGCGAGCUAGUGACGAUGAGGACGAUGAUCAAGCCGACACUGAAGGCGCUGCAGAUGGUGCUGAUUCCUCCGAUGAGAACGAUGAUGGACUUAUUGAAAUUGGUACAAUGAAAGAGGUCGGAACCACUGCUCAGCAAAUUCAGGCCUUCAAACGCCAAGCUGCUGCCACUGACACCGGUGACACGGACAUCAAUGAUCUGGAUAGACUCGAGGACCGUGUACCGCCUCACUGGAAUCCUGAUAUCCCAUUGGUGAACAUCUUGUUCAACCAAAUCAACGAGUCCGGUGAAGGUGGUAUUAGCUCAACACAACUCCAGUCAGCGGUAGUCGGACCGCUCUGGAAGCGGCCCAUGGAUGAGUCUCUUGCGCAUUUGACCGAUAUCUGGCAGCAUUCACAGCCCCCUCACCUGCGCCACUUGACUGUGGUCCGGGACACCGCUGUCUUCGGUCGCUCCGCUCAAUUCAAGUACCGGACUUUGGCGAACUUCGAAAAGGCAGUUGCUGCUGGCAAAGCUGUGUGGGACGCUGUUCUAGACAACACCAGUUCAAAAGCUAAGAAGAAUCCACUGGAGGAAAAGCCUGACUUGGAUCAAUGGGGUUUUCCAAAAGUGGCUCAUAAGCUCUUAGCCGGUCGCGAUGGCCGAGCGUCACUCACCGAUGGUCGCAAAGGUGUACUCGUAGAUCGAAUGCUUGCUGUUGGGGUCGAUGAAGAUGAGGUCGUCGUGGAGGACGAUGAAGAAUUCGUCCCGGCGGCACCCAGGCCACCAGUCGUCCGCGCAAAGGCGGCUUCGGGGCGCAGCAAGAAGAAAUCUGAGUCUUGGGAAUCAACAGCGUCGAUUCCUCGCGCGAAAAGGAAAGGCCCAGUCUCGUAUGGCGGCCUUAGCAAGAACGGCAAGAAAAUGGGUCGACCGCCAAAGUCAGCUCAAUUCGAGGUCGAGACUCCGACGCCUGAUGAUGGCAUCGCGAAGGCAAACAAGAGCCCGUAUGCUAUGCGUCAACGACCAAGUAGGGCUAGAGUGCCAGAUGCCGAGAUUUGUGAGCCCAGUGUCGACCUCGAGGAUACCGCAGACGAUGAGGAUGAGCCUCCAGCCACCCCGAAAUCCCGUCGAAUACCCUCGAAGUCACCUCUUGACAGCCGAAGGAAGUCUCCCAGGGCGUUCGAGAUUCCAUUGGCAGCAGCAGAAGGUGAUCAGUCCGGCGAUUUCAACACUCAGCAAGCAUUGGAUUCUCAACUUGCUGUCCUACAGGACAGUGGGGUCCUGGCGAGUCCAGGAUCCGGUGCCAACUCAAGGCGAGGGCCCGGGACGGUAGACGACUACAUUCCAUUUCACAAGCCGCGCCGGAUAAAGGAGAAAGAGUACGCGGAGUAUGACCUUUUCGCCCAAAAGACGGCCGAGAACCGUGUUAGACUUGAGUUGAGUGUUAGUCGCAAGAGGUCCGCUGACGAAGCGCGUCUGGGCAGCCAGCAUAUCGCCGCAAAGAGGCAACGUGCGAUUGACGGCACCAUGCGGACCGUUCCCACCGAUAAUGGCGAUCGUUCGCAAGAGUUGGUGGCGAUGCAGUCUAGCGAAUUGCCAGCUGACCGAGUUGCUGAGGUCAAAUCUGAAAUCCUGCGACGCGAAAGACCUGGCCUUUACAUCAACCCACCAGGAGCCAAGAGUUUGAAGGCUGGAAACUUCGUCUCUCGUGGACGACCGAGAAAUGCGAAGAUUGCUGUGAUCAGGUCCGUUCGUCUGCACGAGUUGGACUGGUUUCAUGAGGACGAUUCUCCACGAUUCGCACCGGCGAAGCCACUUGGUAGGAGACGUACGGCCAAGGUUGGCAGUGCGCUCAAGAUCUCGGACGACAUCAUUGAAAACUCGGACUCUGAUGCUGGAGAAAUGAACGCUAAGAGGCAGAAGACGGCAGAUACUAUGCUCUCGGAGGGACCUGAUAAUGCUGAGUCCUUGGAUCAGGACUCAGGCUUUGGAGGUGAGCUAGCAUCUGGAUCUGGCGACUCUGUGCGCCGCUCUGCAACACCGCGAAUGAAUCAAGACACGGAAGUGUCUCACGUCGGACUUGAUGUUGCAGGCGUAGCAGAGAGUUCGCAGGUGCUGCUUGAAGGCGAAUCUCGCCCCUCGCAUGCCGAAACAGAGGAAUCUCCAGCUGGGAAUGGUAUCGACAAAGAAGCUCGUGGUAUCACCGAAAGCUCUGCGCCCAAAGCGCUUGACCCACCGCUUCCAGUCACGCCGUCUAUCACUGGAGACAAGGCCCAGAAACAGCCACUUCCAGUUCCGAUUUCCGUCGCUGCAGCUCCGAUCACGCCUAUCUCAGGCGUCAACGUCAAUCAAGGUAUUGCGAGCAAGUCAUCCGCGAGGAUAAAAAUCGCAGAUACGACAUCAUUCUAUCUUAGCAGGUUUGCACCAGAGCAUAGGGCAACCCCACAGCAGCAAUACCGACUUCUCUCAGCCAAGCCAGGCCGCAAGUCUAAGAGAGACCUGGAAGUUCUGGCUGAGCUUCAGAAGCUCAUCGGAUCUAAAGCGAGGGAGCCCAUCACCACUCCCAAAUUCAAGCCUACAGAGAUUCCUGACCAUGCAGCUUUUGCUGCUGGAACGUCUAACGCUCGUUACGCCACAUCCAGCCCAGCUUUGACAAGUCAAAAGGCCAACAGUGCUGCUCUUCCGAACGAAGUUGGCGGCGUUGUCCAAACUCCGUUCGAUGUACAACAACCGCUGUCUUCCACUCCCGAACAGGAGCGUACGAGUCGUGCGAAGAUUCCAGAGAGUCCGCCCAAGCUUGCCAGAAACGAUGCCUCGGUCGCAAGCGACGUGGCACCUGUAGAGGACGCCAUCGAAACCGAGUCCUCCGAUGACAGUGAGACCGACAACGAAGACUGGACACACCUUGCUGUAUCUUCUCACGGUGCUCCGAAACCUGCAAGCAAAGCUUCACAGCCCACCACGCAGAAUCCGAUGCAGCAAGCCGUCCAGCCGUUACCCUCGAGAGCACCGCCCACAGCGAAGCGAGUGGCCACACCAACGACGAGCAAUGAGUAUUUCUCUACAGCAUACGUAGAUGCUCACCCGGACGAGACGUUCUAUCAUGUCGGCGCAGGCCGCUGGAAGCAAGGAAUGCCGCCUCCGGACAGCUUUCACGAGACAUUCCGUGGUCCUGGCGCUCGAAAAGUUUUGUCACAACGCAAGGCGACUAAGUCAACAACGUCGAACCACGCGUCCCAGAGUGCUAUUCGCCAGCAUGGAUCGGUACAGACCCCCGCCAACGAAUUGGCACCUCGAGACCAUGCUACUCCGGCACCGUCUCGUGUCGUUCCGGAAUUGACGCCUGAGGCGGCCUCGAUUACUCCACGGAACACAGCACCUGCGUGGCAAGCCUCUCCCUUGAUGAUCGUUCGGCCUUACGAGCAGCCUCGCGACAGCACGACAGAGAUUUUUACCACGCAAAAUGAAGAAGCUGUCUUGGGGGACCGAACGGAGCUCUCUGAUGAGGAUGGAGACGAGUACCAAAACCUCGGGAACGACGAUCCUGCAGAUGGCACCUUCGGAGAUGAUACCAUCGCGGAAGACGAAAUGGAUGUGGACAUCUCCGAGCAGGCUGAUGUCGAGAUCGCGGAAGUAGGACCGACUCGUGUCCUGAAGAGCACAACCAACAAGAAAUCUGGUCCGCCACGACUCGGUGGUAGCACCCAACUUCAGCGGCAUGAGCUCAUCCUCAAUGCUGUGCGGCAAUGUGGAGGCGUAUUCCCAGGUGACAGCGAAGUGUGGUACGUGCUAACAACAGCUUGGAGAAAGAUUCACAAUCGUCUCCCCGACAAGCACACUGUUGAGCGUGCUGUGGAGCAGCUCAUGACGGAGAAGAAGCUGAAGCGCUUUCGAUUCCAGUUCAAAUCCAAGCACAGCGCUGUGAUCACCAAACAGAUAUUGGCUGAGCCGUCGGUCAACGCAGAAGAUGAGAUCGUCACAGAGAUGCGAAAGAAGAUGAUGAAAUGUUAUCCACUGCAAUACCUACCCGAGGAAGUCGAAAUCAACGAAGAACUACGAGAGACAGCGAGCUUCAAGUUUGGGCGCAAGAAGGCGAAGAAUGGAGAUGUCAGGCUCUCCCAGAACACCGUAACUUACAUGAAGCGGCGCCACGAUGAAUUUCCUGAGGAUCCAGAUCUCGUCGUUCAUCAGACUGCAGAUGCUGCUGCCCGAGCUGAUCGAGAGGCUCAGAGCAGAGGCUUUGCCAACGCUCAAGCUUACCGUAAGCAUAUGCUGGAAGUGCACAAUGAGUCGAAAAACAAGGCCAAUCUGAAGCAUCAAGAAAAGAGGCGCAAAGAGCAGCGAGAAGCGGCCUUGGAAGACGCGCAGAUUGCUGCCGAAAUCGCGGCUGAGGAAGCAGAACUUUUAGGGGACGCAGCGGGGCAGAUCCAGUUGGACAAUUACCAACACGACCUUUCCGCUGCUAUGCAACCUCGCCCACCGGGUUACAAGGCCAACAUAUCCCAGGAAAUCAAGUUUGAUAAUGUAUUGCCUAGAGGUAAAUCCACCAGACCAGUGCGCAAGACAAGAAGACCGCUGGGCUCAAUCCGCGCCCCAGCACCCAAGCCACCUCGUAAAGUGUGGUGGGAAGAUGGCAGGAAAUCGCGGGAGCUUGCCGCAGCACAUCUUAUGUCUCCUGCACAAGUCUUCACCCAAAGCAAUGGAACUUUUGGUACCAGCGGGCAAGGCUUGACGCAACAGGCUUUCAAUUGGCGUGCGGCGCCUGGAACGCUGUCCAGCGAGCAGUACCAGAGAGAGACAGCCCGCGUUAUUGCUCAGAUCAACCAGGGAGAUCAUGUCAGCGGUGGAGCAGUUUUGGAAUCAACGGCGAUCGUCACGCUCAAGGUUCCUAAGGAGAAGCUCGAUGCGAUAGUGUCGUCCGAGCCCAGACCUGCAGGUCCACGUUUUGUCGACGAUGAUGACGGAUCCGUGUUUGAAGCAGCGCCUACGCCAAGCUCUGUCGCCAUCACUCCCGAGCCCGAACCAGAGCCUCCAAAGAAGCGCAGGAAAUACACAUCGAGAAAGAAGCGACAAGCAGAUGGUGAUGAAGCUGCUCGUGACUCUGACGAGGACUUUGUACCCGCUGCAGCUGGAGAUAAUCCCGAGGACCGUCGGCCUGUCAAACUCCCGAAAGUGAAGGGGUCUGGUGCUCGCGGAGUCAAGAAGGCUUUCACAACGAGAGACCGUCAAGCUCAUCAGGAUUUCAAGGACGUCGAUCGUCUCGUGAUUGCCAUCGCUCUGGUCAGUGCCAUAGCUGGCGGUGUGAACCAGGACAAACUCAGCUGGAACUUGAUUGCUCAUGCAUUGAGCUAUCGAUAUGAAGGCGAGUUCCUCCGUCGUCGCUGGGGUCAUUAUGUGCGCAGUCGCAGACCUGAUGUUGAGCAGCUCCGCGACGACAUCAGGCAGCCUUUCUUGGAGGCCUAUGAACGUGGCGAGCUUCCUGUCGUCAACUUUCAAGCUUCGCACGAGACUGACUGGCCAGCACUUUUCGAGUGGGUGCAGGCAACUAUUCCGAUGAAUAUGUCUCUCACUGUGGACGAGCAUCCUGAUGUCCCUGAUCUUCCUGCCUCGAAAGAAUUGGUACAGGAGAAGUUCACAGUCGAAGAGCGGGGCCAAGUGUUCGAGCUGAACAAGGAUGAUUAUUUCACGACUAUCACCGACCAGAAUCGAAGACACUUGGCGCAACGAUAUCUUCUGGGCAACUUGUUGCCAGGCGAGAUCAAGCCUGCUGAGAACACGAACAAGGACUUGCUCCUUGCCAAGUCAUGGGUCCGUGCGGUAGCCAUGACAAAGCAGCAUAGCUACAACGCUGAAGAUGCGGCUCGGAAAAUCAGUGUCCUGGGAAGCAAGGUCCUCAAGCAAGUCGCCAAUGAAAUGGUCGAAUCUAAGAUGUUCCUCCAGGACAAGAAAGGCAGGCAACAGCCAGGUCGGAACUUCCAGAUCCACCACGAAGUCUUGAUUCAGUUCCGUAGAUGGCCAGCCACGAAGGAUUGUGACGAGCACCGUUACCUGUGUGCUUUAGCCCACUCUUGGUCAAGGAUCAACGACUACUUCAAGCAGACCGACGCUCUGCCGCUUAUCCCGGUCACUUCUGAUCAGGAUUACACAGUCUUGACCAACUUGUGUGCAACCGGCAUGGUGAAAUGCACCGUGAUACUGCCAGAGACGAAGCAGGAAUUCGAUGCACCGGCUCCGAAACUCUCGCCCUGGGGCUAUUCCGGCACCAAUUACCAGACAAAGCGUGCGAAUCAAGAUCAGCUCAAGUUCGAUCUCGUCUACGUGAAGACAUCUAAUUACAGGUACGAGCCGGAGUUGAGAAAUGAUAUCCCGAUUCCUCUGGCACCCCAGGUUGUCGAGGGCGAGAUCGGACCACGUAUUCCCUUCUGGGUUGACAUUCACGGUAACCUUGUCGAUGACAUCUGGGACAUGUGCCUGAGGUCCAUUCUGCACCUUCUGGUCUUCCGCUCCGGCGAACGUGCUGUCACCAUGCAGCAGGCCCACAAUCAUAAACUCUGGCAGUGGGAAAUCGAGUUGAUUCUGCAUUGGAUGGAGCAGACGGGUCUGGCUCGGAGAUGUGGUGAGGGCGAGGAGAUUAAUGGCAUUUGGACUGGAGGAUGGACUGCUAGUGAUUGGUGGUUUUGUGCUUUCUUGCCUGAGAUGAUUACGUGGGAGCCUCCGCAGCAGAGUGGGUUGAGUGAGCUCGAUUGAGCAGUGGGAAAAGAAUUGUAACAGUAGUGCGCAUUGUGAAAAUACUUGGGCGCUUUUGGGGGGAGAUUUGAACUUCGCUUGAUACCCCGAGCCUAAGAAUAAUAGGGCUGC